AUGCAUUCAACACUAUUCAUUGUCGUCCUAGGAGCCAUGUCUGUAGUAGUCAACGCAGCUCCGGCAUCGAAAACUGUGAAUCCAAAUGCAGUCACCGGAACAACAUGCACCGAUUCUUCAACAACUCUAGUGUCUCAUGAUAUUAACGUAGCCCUUCUCGGCAUUUGCGGAGGUAUUGCAGGCACCAUCCAGCAAUGCGGCGGAGAACCUACAUCAACAACCGGAGAAUCGGGCACUGCUCUUCUAAAGCUCAAUGCUGCCACAUCAGGACAAACGAUUGAUAUUACGAAAGGAAGAUGGGAGGGAUGCAUGAGAGCCGCGCGAGCGGUUUGCGGUGACAGUCCUUUCACAAGUACUUGCAUCGGCGGAGCGAAAGUGAAUGCUGGUAAUGUAGACUUUGAGCUUUCUGCCGCGUAA